AAUCAAUCAAUCAAUUUUGGAGUUUGUAUAUAGAAAUAAAAGUUAAAAUGUCAUCAUUGUGAAAUACAUUUCAAUUUGCACACAAUUCUAAUUAACUGUUGAUUCAGCCAAGGCUAUUGCACAGUACUUUAUGAAUGAUUCUUUCUUUUAUUGUCACAUGAGUAUUCUAUUGGAAUUCUUUCAACAACAACAACAACAAAAGAAUUUCAAUAAAAGAAAUAUAAAACAAAAUGUGCCUUAAUCAUCGUACGGGAAUGCGAUUGUUUCAGUAUUUUCGAAACAAUGAAAAAUUGAAAAAAUUAUUUAUCAAUGAAGAUUUGUCAUUACUUCAUAGUGCUUUCAAACAUCAAAUAGAAUUGGAUCGAAUUCGCUUCGAUAAUGAUCAUCAUGAUUCAUUAUUGUUAGAAACAUUUUCGAAAAAAUUACUUGAUAAUUGCAAGAAAAUAUACUCAUUAUCUGCUGUGAUCGCGUUUGCUGCAUUAAUUAUAGCCGGCCCAUUAACCUGGACUAGUUCCUUGAUCAUUUUGUUUGCCAUUUCAAUUUCAAUCACAAUUCUAUGGCUAAAAAGAAAUCAAACUUGUCAAUGUGAUGAAUCAAUAAUCAAAUUAGCCAAACAAAUUGAUGAUGAACGUCAAUUAUUGACAAAAUUAAAAGAAUUGAUUGAAGAUAAUGAUUUUGCAGUAUUCAAUGUUAUUACAGCCAUAUCGAAAUUGGCAACAAGUUUCCGGGAUAUUGGCAUCCGUUGUGCCAAGGAUUUUCGUCAACAAACAUUAGCAUUGAAAGAAUUAUUACCAUUGAAAGCUGAUAUUGAUGACAAUCUUAUUUCAUCCAUGCCAGAUGACCUAUAUGAUUCAUAUAAUAAUUGUGAUGUGGAUAAUGUUCGAAUAAUCAAAUCAUUACGACAAUUGAUACGUCUACAGAUAUCGGAAUUUUUCAAACGACUGCUUUUAAUUUAUGUCCAAAAUUAUUAUGACGUUCCAUCGAAUUUUCCGGAAAAACUUUCCAAUCAGAUUAUAAUCGAUACUCUGAACAAUAUUCUAGGAAAAAUGUUGGAAAAUUCCAAAUGUCGACAACAGGAAUUGAUGACAAUCUUAUCAUUUUAUAAAUCAUUUUAUUUAUCAUCAAGCUAUGAUAAUGAUAAUCAAGAUAAAUUGAAAAAUGAAAACAGAAUGCUAUGGCAAAAUUGUCGUAAUGUUCGUAAGGCCUUGUAUCGAUCAAUGGCAAUAAUCGAUGAUUGUGAAACAAUACUAGAUCAAUCAAACACCACAGCAAUAUUGGAUCAGAAAAUCAAGGAAAAUUUAGAUUGCAAAUUUGAAACAAUGAUUGAAACAACAACAAUGGCCAAUGAAAUGAUUCAGGCUAUACGACGAUCACUACAACACAAUCAUCGUAAAGCAAAUAUAACGGAUAAAUUGGAACUAUCUACCAUCAAUGAUGAAAUGAUCGGUUCGAAUGAUAAUAAACCCGGUACUAGUGGUGGUUUAAUCAAUGAAUGUGAACCACCAAAAGAUGAAGUAUUCGAAGCAUUUAUUGAAGAUUCUAGAUCUAGAAAUACUAUUUGGGAAAACGAUUAUGAUUACGACGACGAUCAAACAGAUGUGCAAAUGAAAGAUGCUGAAAAUAAUAUGUUCUUUGAAUUACGAACAGCACUUAAAGAUAAACAUAUUGAACAUCGUAUGCGUGAAGCACGUGCACAAGGAAUUGAAUUGGAUCGUGAACAAAUUGAGAAUGAAUAUCGUCAAUCAUUGAUGGAUAAUCAAACGAUACCAAAACAAUUAAUGAUCAAUGAUGAUAAUGAUCAUCAAAUGACAACAGCCUCAGCAAUCAAUUCUCAAUUUCUCGAACAACAUGAACAGCAAUCAACAACACCAUUAAUGGGAUUGAAUUUUCAAUUUGAUUUCAAUUUAGCAAUGCGUGAUUCGAAUCAAUUAAAAUGGCGUCUAAAUCUAAAUGAUGGUGAAGAAACAUUUGGCGAUUCUGAUCAUCAUAAUGAUCAUGAUGAUAAUGAUGACUAGUCUUCUCUCUCUCUCUCUUUAUGGAUAUUCUCAACAAAACUUACCUCACACUUUGAUGUUAUUUCUUUUUUUUGUUUCGUUUUUUUGUCAAAGAAUUUACGUGAAUUAAACUUAUGAAAAACACAUA